GCUAAGUGGCAGACGAUGUGUGGAUUUGAUUGAUGAUUUUGCGAUUUUACCUCGCCAAAUAGCGCUUCCCGCUAAAAUGGAUCUACAGCGCGAAGAAUUGCUCUCGGCAUUACGAGAUGCUGAAGAAUUCAUCUCUGUGACCCUACCGAACGAAACUCUAUCUGCUGGGGCUCAAAGAAGGAGACUGGAAUUGGAAAUCAAAUUGACAACAUUAAUCAAGAGAAGURAUAUUCAAGAGGAGGACGAUCAGGAAUUUUAUGAUGAUGUUCGAGAGAAUGAUAUUGAGCCAGAAAGAGUAUUGARGGUGGAAGGGGUUCCCACCAAUGAGAGUACAGAAGAUACUUUCCCACAAGAAAAUUAUGAAGUCAUGUCUAGUACAGCAGAAAACCCUACAGAGGAAAUAUAUGAUGACACAAUUCCAGAAGAAGAGCCAUCAAAYGAUGAGAUUUACGAUGACACAAUUCCAGAUGAAGAGACAUCGAAAGAUGAAGAUACUGAAGUAUAUGAAGUUGCAGAACCUGAAAAAACAGAUGAAAUUGAAGCUGAAGAAACCUAUGAUGGAGUCGAAGAAAAUAAAUCAGUAAACUCUCUUGACAUUCAUGACAAGUCUGGAACAAAAGAACUGGAAUCAUUGAUGAAGCCAAUCAAACCUGAAGAUGUUGAUGGAGUAAUUCUAACAGGACUUCUGGACAAGCACAGAAAAAAAGGAAUUUAUAUUGGUAGUAAAUGGCAGAAACGUUAUUGUGUGUUACGGAGCUUUGCGUUGUACUAUUACUCAGGAGUAAAUGCYRCUUCACAAAAUGGUUCGAUUAUUCUUCCUGGAUAUACUGUGACGCCUCACAAAAACAACAAAAAAGAAUUCAUCUUAACCAGAGGAGAAGAUCGCUCUUAUGUAUUUAUGGCCAAGUCUAAAGAAGAUGCAGAGAAGUGGAUGGAAGCAAUAAAAAAAGCCGCAAGCACCACUAAGAUUUCCAACCGGCAGAGUGAAAUUCUUGAGCAACUGCGUCUAUCAGGAGAGGGUGAGGAAGACACUGUAAGUAUAAAUUACGACGAUGUCGCUAAUGGUGCCAACAAUAGUCCAUUUGAGACUUUUGAUGAAACAUACGAUGAUGUUGGCCAACAAAAUGAAAGCCCGCACACCAAUGUAGAUUUAGAGCCUGGUGAUGCUGAGCUUUAUGAAGCACCAGAUGAAAAUCCCCCAGAGCGACCACCAUCACUCCAGCCUAAACCACCWGCAAGUGGCAUCGAAUCGUCUCCUCCACAACCCAYAAGGCCAAGCAAACCUCCCCCUCCUCCUGCUGAUCUGUCAAUGGAAGAUGAUCAAGAGAUGUAUGAUGAUGUUGGACCUGAAGCUAUGCCUCCACCUCAGCCAGAAAAACCAAGUCAGCCUGUAUCGGAGAUUCAACCACCUGAUGAUGAUGAUGAAGAAUUGUAUGAUGAUGUUGGGACAUCACAACCUCCUCCACCGCCACAGCCAGUAAGACCAAAUAGACCUGUGUCAGAGAUUCGACCAACUACUGAAGAAGAAGAAGAGGAAUUGUAUGAUGAUGUCGGAAUCCAAGGAUCUGAAGUGCAACCWGUUGAAUCAAAGCCUCCAAUACCAGAAAGACAUCUGCCUCCUGUACCAUCAAAUGAUAGCAGACCCUCCCCUCCCAUGCCAAGAAUUCCCCUACCACCUACCCCCAGCGAAGCUCCUAAACCAAAUAUUCCACCCAGGAAUCCUCCACAAGAAUCCAACUCACACUUAGCACAAGAGAACAAAAAUGCUCCACCACCCACCCCUCCCCCAGAGGACAAAAUAAACAAAGCUCCCCCACCACCACCCCCAGAGGAAGAAACAGAAGAGCAAGAAAUUGAUCACAAUUGUAUUUAUCAAGCGUUAUGGGAUUGCAAACCAGAUGCUGAAGAUGAGCUUGAAUUCUGUCGAGGGGAUCUUCUAUACAUAUAUGAGAAACCCCACCUUGAUUGGUGGAUUGGCUCAAGAUUUAAGCCCCAAGGUUAUGAAACACUGCUCAUUCCUACAAAUUUUAUCAUGCAAGCRUAUGAUGUUUAAAAAAUAUUUAUUUAGAAAACUUUUAACAUAAGACAUUAGAGUGCUUGUCAUAUAAUAUUACAUGGCUAAUGUAAUUAUAGUAAAUGUAGUUAUAUGCCUAAUUGAAUUGACGUUGUCAGGUUGCAAAAAGGCAAUAUCAUAGAGGUAACACCAAAGGGGAUUUUAAUUACUUAGAAAUUCAAAAUGAUAUUUGCCUAAACAUGUCACAUUAUAGCAUUACUCGAUCAUUUCAUUUGGUGCAGGCAAUUUUUUUGGCACUGAAAUGCUUUUACACUGUAAGUGAUUGUUUUCAACCAUUUCCACAAGAUACAAAAGAUAAAAGACCAUAAGCAGCCAUGUUGGAGGAAUGAACAAUAGAUACUAAUGAGAAAUCCUUUGUUGAAGUUCCUCCAAGAUGGCUGCUGUAAUGUAAAGUGAAAACGAAUAAUUUUUGCUUUAUUCCCUCCCUUUCAGUAAUCUUUCAUGAUGUAACCUUUUGGAAAUCCACAUUUUUUUUUCAAUUAGGUGUAUCACUAUUUGGCUGUUAACUUGGUAAACAACACAUCAAUUAUGUUGCCAUUGUCGCUUGCACUGCUUUGCUUCAGUAUUUUAAACUUAAUGAACAAAUGGCAGCAUCACCAUCAAACUAUUUUAGUAUAAUAUGCAGUAUUUAGUACUUAGUAAAAAAUAGUAUUUUAGUAAAAAUUAUAUAUUUUAUAGUAAUAUUUCACUAAGCCAGCUUUUGAGCACAAACUAUAUUUUUUAUAAGAAAAUUGGGAUGGUCAAUAUUUUAUAGUCRCUAACCAUACAUUUUUCUGCAAGAUACAUACACAAAUUUUUAAUAUUAAAUUUGCACAAAAGUGUUCAUCACUUGGACCAGAAUCAGAAAUUAGUAAACAAUUGGAAAGUACUUAAAAUAAUCAAAAAUUGGAAAGUAAUAACGUAAUAAAAUGAAACCAACCUUCAUAAAAAGUGGGCAUCUUGCCUGGUUUUCACUAAGUGAUAAAAAACAACUUUUGGGAUUAGGACGAGAUUAGAAGACGUUUUUCUUUGUUUGUUCUUUUGUCUUUAAUUAACUUAUUCUGUAUCCUAGACCAAGUGUCUCUUUGACAGCCCAAUAUCACCAUGAAUGCUUUGCUCACAAUAAUCAUGUGUUACACAGAUUGGAAUUAUUUUGACAACUAUUUCAAAACAAAAACUCCCUGGUUGAAAAGCUUUGAGGGUGAUACUUGGUCUUUUAGAUAAUUUACAAAAUUAUAUCAAUUAUGUUGAAUAAAUACAAUGCAGGCCAGUAGGAACUGAGAGAGGGGUUAAUUAUGGCUUGUUGAACAAUCAUCAAUGCCACAUUCUAAAAAAGAAAGUAUUUUAUGAAUCAUGGUCCAUCUUUUUUUCAAGCCCUUUCAUGAUACGCCAGUCUUCUAUUUUCUACUCAAUCCAAAGACAAUUAGAUAUUAACUAAUAUCCACAGAAGUAAAUAAACCACAAUUUACAGA